AUGACAUCGAUCUCAAACGCAUCCUUACUGGGUGCUGUGGCCACAGGGAUUCCAGACUCCCAGUUCAUAUUUAACUCCACGGACUAUUUCGUCUUGGCCCUCAUGCUGGGCAUCUCCGCCGCAAUUGGAGUUUACUUUGGAUUCUUUGCCAAGGGCGAGGACACCACUGAGGAGUAUCUGAUGGGUGGCAAGCGGAUGAAGACUAUCCCCAUAGCUAUUUCCUUGGUGGCCAGUCAACUAUCCGCUAUCUCCAUAAUGACUAUACCGGCGGAGAUGUACGCCUACGGAAUAAAUUGGUUCUUCAACGUAGUCUGUAUGUUGUUUGUGGUGCCGAUUUUAAACUACGUGGUGAUUCCAGUUUUCUACAACAAUAACAUCACCAACUGCUACGAGUAUCUGGAGAUGCGUUUCAGCCGUAAAGUUCGAGUCCUGCAGACGUUUAUUUUCAUUGCUACUUUAUUUUUCAUGCUGCCUAUAUUCAUUUUUGUUCCUUCUUUGGCAUUUUCCCAAGUUACUGGUUACAAUGUUCAUAUUAUAAACAUAAUUGUCUGCGGAAUCUGUGUAUUUUAUACAAUGUUUGGAGGCAUAAAAGCCGUGGUAUGGACUGAUGUUAUUCAAGCAGCUAUAAUGGUGAUCUCUGUGAUUUUGGUAGGAGUUUUGGGUGCCCAUCGAGUGGGCGGCCUCUCCGAAGUCCUUCGAAUAGCCGGAGAUGGUGGCCGUUUGGAUGUAAACUUUAAUUUUGAUAUAUCGACACGAGCGACCUUCUGGAACAUCUUUACUUCAGCCACAAUUCUUUGGGCGGGAAAUGCUGGACUAAACCAGAGCUGUGUCCAGCGAAUUGUGUCUCUUCCCUCGUUGUCUCAUGCCAGAAGAUCCUUGGUCAUUUUUGGAUUUGGCUUCAUCGUCAUCAUGUUCUUCAAUUGCUUUACAGGUAUCGUGAUGUACUCCCGUUUCCACGACUGUGAUCCCAUUGCAACUGGUCAAGUGUCCAAAUUAGACAAAAUGGUUCCCUACUUCGUGCAGGACACUGUGGGACACAUCUGGGGCAUGCCGGGUGUCUUUAUAUCCUGCGUGUUCAGCGCUGCUCUAAGUACUCUCUCGGCAAGCAUUAACUCCCUCAGCGGAGUCGUGUACUUUGAUUACAUCAAACCCCACAUCCACCACACCGAGCACAAGGCCAAUGUGAUUAUGAAAAUCUUUGUUUUUGUCGCGGGAAUCCACUGUAUAUUUGGAGGCAUGGUUGUUGAUAAGUUCAGUUCCAUCUUCCAGGUAGUCUACUCCAUUGUAGGAGUAAGCUUCGGGGCCAAUUGUGGCGUGUUCCUUCUGGGAAUGUUGGUUCCCAAGGCCCAUACAAAGGCUGCUCUGAGCGGAGUAACAGCCAGUAUUGCUUCCAUACUCACCAUCGUAGUUCUCAGUUGGGGACGCAAUCAAUAUGAUCCCUUAAGCCAAAGCACCGAAGGAUGCCCAGCUUCAAUACUGAAUACAACAUUAUUAUCGGAUUCGAUUCUUCGCCAAGCAUCGGAAACACCUCUGGACGAGAAGGGCUCUAGCAUCCUAGAUCUCUCGUUCAAUUGGUACGUGGCGGUGGGAUUUCUCAUCACUUGGUUGGUGGCCCUUCCUCUAAGUUAUGUCCUCAAAGAAGAACCAAAUGCCAAACGGGAUCCCAAGCUGCUUUCCCCGGUGAUCCGUCCAUUCGUAAAUUACGAGCUGACUCCCAUGGAGGAGCCACACGAAAUCAAACUAGAAAUUUUAGAAAAGAAUUUUGGAUAAUAAUGCAAAUGUCACAAUGUAUAAGUAACAAUA